AUGUCUGGUGGUCAAGAUGUGUUUGUGCCCCUGGCUACGGGGGCAAUCCCUCAAGUUGUGACAUCGAGAGAUGAUCACCCCAUGCCAAAGAAAGGAAUUGAAAACGUCAAUACGCCUAUCGAGACAAAUAAAUUCUACAGCGGCAUUUUUCUAGGAUCGCAGACCAAUGCUACGUUUACUCAUCCAUAUGCCGUGGCCUGGGCUAAAGGGUCUGGUAAUGCACAGAGCUAUGGUAUGGCAGUUUGGCACAACGAGGCGAACGUGGUUGCGAACGGGCCAACGAACUCGAAGAUACCCGGGAACCCCAUUUCGUAUUUCGUGAACCCGAUCGGCAUCCAGCACCUUAUUCUCUCAGCAACCGAGCUCAAGGCAUCUACCGUGCUUACCGGGGAAAACCUUCUGCCAUUCUCGGCGGAUGCCGUCUUGAAACCGGACAGCGGGUCCAGUCAGCGUCUUACGGUCCCUCUUGUGCAAGGUAUGGGUUUUGUGACUGGCAUGUAUACGAAUUUGCAGCCUCUCAUCCAGACUGGUGUAUUCUUCAGACAAGUUGUUUCGGCUGCCUCUCCAAGAGUUGGCAUCUUCAAGUACAAAGCUACCAUGGAGGAUGGAAGCACAUGGCUCAUCUAUGCCGUGCCGCAGGAUGGCAAAGACCCUAACUUCCAGCUCGAGUCCAACACCAACUUCCGCGGCCCAGCUGGAUGGUCUGGGUUUGUACAGGUCACCAAGAACCCUGCUGGAGAUUCAGGGGAGAAACUGCUCGACGGAUCGGCCGGCGUCUUUGCUCUAGAGGCUGCGAUCUCUGGAACUGUGAGUGCCCGCACAGGCACGUACCAGCUGUCUUGGGCCAAGUCGGGAACCAAGACACAGGAUACCCCAUUGAUGAUGUACGCUCUGCCUCAUCAUGUUGAGUCGUUUGAUGCCACCACCAAGGGCCGGAUGACAAGCAUCACUCUUCGAACAACUACAAAGGGGAAUGCGAUAGCGGUUGUUGGGGAAACGUGGACUAUGGUCGAGCCGGAUCUUCCUAUCGACAUGGGAUUUGCUCCAUGGUCCACUUCUGCCGGGAAUGUAAACAGUAUCUCGUCAGCGGCACAGAAGGUCAUCCUGGGCGUAGCACCGACAGAGCUCAAUCAGAGCAUCGACGCCCAGACCAACUUGAACAGCAUGUACUACAGUGGGAAAGCGCUGAGCAAGUUCGCGACCUUGGUGUACACCGUGAACCAGCUAGGCGGAAACCCUGAUCUGGCCGCCUCAGCGUUGCAGAAUCUCAAAACUGCCUUUGCGCGGUUCACCAGCAACCAGCAGCAGUUUCCAUUGGUUUAUGACACUGUCUGGAAAGGAGUCGUUUCCUCGGCGAGUUACGGCGGUGAUUCAGGCGCCGACUUCGGAAAUACAUACUACAAUGACCACCAUUUCCAUUACGGUUAUUUCAUUCACGCAGCAGCUAUUAUCGGCUCUCUGGAUCCAACCUGGCUAUCAAGCAGCAAAGAUUGGGUCAACAUGCUGGUACGAGAUGCUGGUAACUCUGCCGCAAACGAUCCUUACUUCCCAUUCUCUCGCGCUUUCGAUUGGUUCAACGGACACUCCUGGGCCAAGGGUCUCUUUGAGUCUUUCGAUGGCAAGGACGAAGAGUCCACCUCCGAAGACACUAUGUUUGCAUAUGCGCUCAAGAUGUGGGGAAAGACUAUUGGCGAUGCCAGCUUGGAAGCUCGAGGAAACUUGAUGCUGGGAGUUUUGAAGCGCAGCUUGCACAACUACUUCUUGUUGGAGAGCGACAACAAGAACCAGCCCGCUAACUUCAUCGCCAACAAGGUGACUGGUAUUCUUUUCGAGAAUAAGGUGGAUCAUACCACCUACUUUGGUGCCAAUCUCGAAUAUAUUCAAGGAAUCCAUAUGUUGCCUCUGCUGCCAUUUUCUGGAUUUGUACGGCGGCCGAAUUUCGUCCGCGAAGAGUGGAAUGCCCUCUUUGCGAGCAACGCGAGCACUCCCGCAUCCAAUGUGGUAGGUGGCUGGAAAGGUGUUCUGUAUGCCAAUUUGGCUUUGAUCGACCCCGUUACGUCCUGGAACUUCUUUGCGCAGUCCAACUUCGACUACAGCUGGAUUGAUGGCGGUGCCUCGCGGACAUGGUACCUGGCUUAUGCGGCUGGUAAGUCCCUUUAA